AACACGCAGCAGCAGUACAGUAGCAGCAAGAAGCAACAAACAACAAGCAGGCAACUUGAAGCAAGCAAGCAAGCAACCACUGGCAGUACAACACAUCAGUGCAGUAGUAGUAGCGGGCCUUGCACUACAGCCUCAGCUGCACCUCAAGUUCCCUCCAUUGCCCCUCCAUCUCUCUCAGAUCUGAGAUCUGAGCCCCUCGGUCCGUUUCGAUGGCCAGUACAGUGUAUCCCUCUCCUCGAGCCGGAGGCCACAGACCCCCACAACUAAGACUGCUUGCACAGAAAAACAGGCUGUUGUAACCGUAACCGCCAUCAGCAGCGACCCUUUUCGAUACGACGCAGCCGACAUGUCGCCACUCCUCCAAUGCUGUCUCCCGCUUGUGGCACCAUACACGAUCUCGUGAACCUGCUUCGUCCGCGGCCGAGUCCAUAUGCCAUGCCAGUGAUGAAACCGCCUCUUGCUCGAAGAAGUGCGUGCAAUAUCCCAUACUAUCAGAUGCAGCGGAAAUUCAGGGGUUGGGCGGGUUCCGACCUCAUCCAGUGCUCGCGGGCAUCGAACAGCCACAUUUUACUCGAUUGCAUACUUCAAUGUUGCGCGCCUCAUACAAACCAAACGUCCGUAAUCGACUCAACAUACACAAAGAGACGCUGUGAAACCAGCCCUCGAUCAGUGCGAAGCUUCCUAGUCCUGCCACUGUGCUGUUCCGUCUCGUGAUUCGAUCAAAGACGCAACAUGCACUACCAGAGCUUUCAGGCUCAAUUCAGGGAAUGAGGGCAUUCUCACGGUUAUCUUCACGCGCACAGAAGCAAAUUUGGGGUGGUCCAUAGAUGGAAACGAUCCGCUGCCAACGCACGCUUUGCGAAGCUCGCUGAUGCUUUGCAACACAGCACGAACCAAUCACGAUGGCCUGCGGGGGGGCUUUUGGGGGAACUUGAAGAUGAGGCAAGGUACCCCUGGCGUCCGGGUCGGAACAGCCCUUGAGAUCGCGUUGACGCAUCCGAUUUCGCCCAUCGAUCGAGUGGUCUCAUGCCGGCCCCUCCACAGGAAAGAUGGUCAGCCCCAUAGGUCAUGAGGAUGUGCCCUCGACUUCGGCACAGAGAGCAGCGCCAGGAUCUUCACAACUGACAAUCACACCCAGAAUAUAAUCCAAGUUUGCCAACACAGACCGUAAACCAAUCGCAACACCUGGCGCGACAUAGUGACGCUUGUCAUUCCGAAUUUGCAAAACUCCUUUCAAGCCACCGCCCUGCGAGUAGGGCAGGUGUGGGCAAAGGGGAACCCGAUUAUGAAUGGACAAAUUUGCCCGGAAAGUGUGGUUGCAGGCUACGACGAUGGCCUCCGUUGCCAGCGACUGCGUGACCUGAUUCUAUCGUCUCGUUGUUCAACCAGCAAGGAUUUUUGUACCUGUGCAUGCUCAAACAUCACUGGCUGGACCAUCGACGGAUUAGACGAUCGCCGGCACUUAAGAGCAAGAGCAACCGAGAUCGAUACAGCUGAAGAGCCCCCCCUGUCGACCGUGUGUUGCACGAAACAACGCCGCCCAUAGUUACGGGCAACUGUAAUCUUGCUUGAACAGGACUCGAUGCUUCACUUGUCUGUACGACAACAAGAGCGUGUCUGGGUAAAUUUCGCGAUGAUAUAGAUGGCAUAAUGGGAAGAGGCGGUCGGAGCUCAUCACCGUACCCGCCACCAUGUCCCGUCGGAUGCAAUGCGAGGCCUUCCGCGGAACCAGGGCGUUCCUUGUCAUCACGCCAGGAGUUUUGAACCGUACGAUGGUCAGGUGAAGCAGAGUGCUGAAGGUCAAUGCCAAAAGCCUCAUGCCAUCGUGGUUGCCAUGUCCUAUUUGAGAUCCCCACCGGGUACAACAAACCCCCAGCAGAUUCAACAUACUCGAAGGUAUCUGUACCAGAAGGGCGGUGCCGGUGUACCUGUUACCCUGUCUGUUGAACGGUGCCCAGGAGAUUGGCUUCCCACACCCUACAAUCUCACUCGGAGUUUUCACGGCGUGCGACAACGGAUGCGGAUCUGAAGACCUAGAAGACAGGAUUCGGGCGGCACAGCGAGAAUAAGAAGCCAUAGAGAAUGAAUCAAGGCUGCAUCCAUGACCACAAGGGGCUGGUCCUUGGUAAUGGUGGCGCCGAAAGGACGGCCGGAGACGCAGCCCGCGGACAGCUGUACCUCUCUGACUAACAUGGCGCAAGGGGCGAAAAUGCCAUGCAUAUGCUGUCUCCUGCUCUCCAGCCCGGUCCUGGAACCAGCAAGCUCACUGCAGUGGUCGCAUACUUAGUAUCAUUUUGCCUGUGGAGACGAGUUUCGUCUUUGUUGGAAGGACGUAGGUAGCGGACACGAAACAUAAUAUCGAAUCAUGCAUGACGCAAAUGCUGUGACAACUAAGAUCUGGACCUGGACCUGGGAUCUGAUUGCUAUAUUUUGGGAGCAGCACACAGUACCGACACAGCGACACCUAGGAUAUCCCGUUGUCCGGCAUGGACGCAAGAGGCUGCGCCUUGAUGCCGGCCAUUAAUUUUGCUUCGUGGCAGUACUGCCAUUUCCAAAGCCGUCAAGCAGACCCGCCUCGCGGACAAGUUCGUAGAACAGUCCACGCCUACUAAUCAGCUCUUCCGGGGUGUCGAACUCGGCGACUCGUCCUUGCUGCAGCACCACGAUCCGAUCGGAAUCUAGAAUGGUAUUGAUGCGAUGUGCAAUGGUGAUGAUGGUUCGGUUCUCGAAAAUGUUGCUUCGAAGAGUAGCUUGCAGCAACUUGUCCGUCUCGACGUCGACUGCAGCUGUUGCCUCAUCAAGUACCAAAAUGUUGCUAGGAGUAAGCAAGGCGCGCGCUAGAGACACAAGCUGUCGUUGUCCUUGACUGAGAUUGGAGCCUAGAUUCGAAAAGCUGCAUCAGCGAAAAGAGUUCUUAUAGCCAGAGUGGUUCAAGACAGAACCAAAACCAUCACUUACCAG